CGAGCGGAUCGUGCGUCUGUGCGUGGUUUAAAAAAAAUUAAAUGGAUGCCAUCGGCUACGAGAUAGGCGUCAUUUCCAAACAGUGGAUUCGUUAAGUUUUUCAUACAUACUAAAUGGUACUAAAAUCCAGUGUUAGUGAAUAAAUUAUUAAUUUGUUUUGCACAAAAUCGGUAGUUUCUUGUGUGUUUAGUGACGAAGCGAAUCGAAAAACGAAUUAAAGAUGGAUACGCCAAAGCGAAUCAAGACUAUUGCUUCGCAUUACAUUAGUAGUCCUCCCAAUCGUGUGCUGCUAGGUCCGGAAUCAACAACAUCGGUUGGAAAUAAUUCUGACUUUAUUCCUCAACAUCCCGGUUGGAAUUCUGGUGGAUGGCCACCGGAAACGCUAACAAGUCCAGCGUCGAAUUGCAGUUCACCGGAAGCGUUGUUCGGGAUAAUUGGGACUCCAACUGGAACAAAUAAUGGAAGCUCUAGCAAUAGUUGGAAACAGCAGACGGGCUCCAGUUCUGCGGAAAAGUCGGAAAACAAACGCGGACGGCCACGGUCCGAAGCCUUGACUACCCUAAUGGUUGAAGGAUCGAUUUCUCCAUCGGCCAUUAAGUGCCGCUAUUGCAACCGGGUUUUCCCAAGGGAAAAAUCACUCCAGGCGCAUCUCCGAACUCACACAGGAGAGCGCCCUUACCAGUGUGACUACCCCGGAUGCACCCGUGCCUUUACCCAAAGCGGCCAGCUGAAAACACACCAACGGUUGCACACGGGCGAGCGACCAUUCAUCUGUUCGGCGUCCAAUUGUCAGAUGCGUUUUACCCAUGCUAACCGCCACUGUCCGGACCACCCGUACGACACAUUAAAACGCUGCGAUGACUUCGUUAUACAAACCGUACCGGAGCAGAACGGCGAGGUACUCAAAUGGCUAGAGAAGUAUAGAAUGGAACGGGAAGAUCGAACGCCAACCCGUAAGACCCCAAAGCGAUUAAAUAACGCUACUCGAAAUGAGAAUGAAAACCAAAACCGUUCGGUAGUUAACAAUGAAAACUAUCUAGACAACAUAAGUGCUUUCCAGUCACCGAUAACCCCUCGGUCGCCAUUUAAGAGUCGCAAGGGUUUGAUGUGUGAGCUAGAUAUGAAUGCAGGUAUGGGAUUGACUGCAAGCCCAAUUACGGCUAAAACCAAACCCAACGUUCCGAAGCUCAUCCAGUGGCAGGAACCUACCAGUCAAGAAGAGGACGAAUCUGGCGAUGAAUCUCACGGAGCGCCAAUCCAAUAUUCAACUUUCAACCCAAAAAAGAAAUGGCUCCGUGACGCUUGGCAGGAAGAUCUGGCUAAACCACUAGAACCAAGUAUAAUCUCACCUCAAGCACUAUCGAGCACUACAUCAACGGUGGCUCUAAAGCAACAAUUAAACCAAGAAAGUAGUCCAUCGACUAACGAAACUAUAACGGUCGAUCCGAACCAGAUGCGUCCGACUGUAUUGAUGGUGGCCAGCAAAGACUGCGCCCGGCCGUUAGAUGAGCAACCGGAACCAAUACCAGUGAUCCGAACAGGUCGUCCCGAAGAAACAAACCGGAAGCUGCAGGGUGCUCUUGCAUUAAUGCAGUUAGCUACUGAAGAUUCUGCAACAUUCAUGGCUGCUCCUUUCGAUGCCGUGAACACUCAAGAAGCUACGAGUUUGAACAUUACUACGGUAUCAACUAGUUCACUACAAUCAAUUGAAAGUAAUCCGUACCUGGAGCAGCGUCCGCUUCGGAUACCGAUGCUCUCAUAUCGACCAGGUGAAAUUGACCACAGUAUCCCAUUCACGCUCGCUGCUGAAGCUAUCGCUAGCUAUCAUCGGCUGUAACGCUUUCCAGUUUGCAGUAGAAUACUUGAAUUCGAUCUCUCCAAUCUCCGUUUGUAUGCUGUUUAUGUAUCUUUCUGAGUUUUAAGUUUUAUGCUAUCGUUUGUAUAAUUCCCAAAGAUAAUCUAUCCCCAGAAAAGAAAGCGAUAAGGGUAUCGAUCGCACUCAGUAAACUUUACCCUGUGAUGUAUCUGUGUAUCAUAAUUUUUAAGCGCUGGUUAUGUCAUGAUAAUUACUAUUAAAUAUAUUUCCGAUUUUAAUCAUUUCGUACAACAAAGUGUUUGUAUAAUGUAUCUAUACUUGCAAAAAUAAACUAUUUCGUAUUGUUUAAAGAUUGAUAUUUAUUGUAUAAAGAGAGCACGACAGGUUCUUGUUAAGAGCUAUGCAAGACUAUUCAGUUAUUCAUUCUACGAUUAUUUCAACAUUUAGAAAGUUAAACUUAGGUUGUAUGAUAGUAUCUACCUAUCUACUAUCACUCCCGUGCUCUCACA